AACCAUCCCUGUGCAAACUCCAAGAGCCUAUUUCAACAAAUCCUUAAUGGUUUUCUUUUAUUAUGCAUGAUCUCAAGCUUGUUCAUAGCAACAGUAGCAACCCCAUCAGGAAAUGAAACUGAUCUUCAUGCUUUACUUGACUUCAAGAAUAAGAUAGUUGAAGAUCCAUUACACAUCAUGAGUUUUUGGAAUGACUCCAUCCAUCAUUGCAAUUGGAUAGGAAUCACCUGCAACAUCACCAAUGGAAGGGUCAUGAACCUGAGCCUUGAACAACAGAGACUUGGAGGCACUCUUACACCAUCUAUUGGAAACCUCACAUUCCUCACCACACUCAACUUGCAAAAUAAUAAUUUCCAUGGUGAACUUCCUCAAGAAGUAGGAAAUUUACUAUACCUGAAACGUCUAAUCUUCAGCCUCAACAACUUUGGUAGGAGCAUUCCAGGUAGUCUCAAUCACUGUACAGAACUAAGUAUGCUAGCAGCAGGUGGUAACAAUCUUACAGGAACAAUUCCAACUUGGAUAGGAAAUCUUUCUUAUUUGUCUUAUAUUAACUUUGCAGUGAACAACUUGCAUGGAAACAUACCACCUGAGAUAGGCCUUUUAUCAAGCUUGACAUUUCUUGUAGUUUAUGGGAAUUACUUGUCUGGCACAGUUCCUUCAUCAAUCUAUAACAUUUCUUCCAUAUACUAUCUCACUUUUUCUCAAAACAAUCUCCAUGGAAACUUACCAGCUGAUGUUGGAUUUACUCUUCCUAACCUUGAAGUGUUUGCUGGUGGAGUCAACAAUUUCACGGGAACAAUUCCUGAAUCUCUUUCAAAUGCAUCAAGACUAGAAAUUCUUGACUUUGCUGAAAAUGCUCUCACUGGCUCACUUCCUAAGAACAUAGGAAGAUUGCCCCAUUUAAAAAGACUCAAUUUUGAUGACAAUAGACUUGGAACUGGGAAAGCUGGUAACCUGAAUUUUCUUUCUUCCUUGGUUAAUUGUACUGCUCUUGAAGUUUUGGGUCUUGCUCGAAAUAGUUUUGGAGGAGAGUUGCCUAACUCAAUAGCUAAUUUCUCAAGCCAAUUGCACAGAUUUACCAUUGGUUCCAAUGGAAUUCAUGGAAAUAUACCUGCUGGGAUCAGCAAUCUUGCUAACCUGGCCCUUCUAGGAUUGGAAGGAAACCUCCUAACUGGUAGUGUUCCUGAUGCAUUAGGCAUGCUUCAAAGUCUUCAAAUGUUGUAUCUGAAUGGCAACAAAUUUUCUGGAAGGAUACCAUCCUCCUUAGGAAAUUUAUCGUCAUUAACAAAACUCUUUAUGGAGGAGAACAACUUUGAGGGAAGCAUACCUUCUAGUCUUGGAAAAUGCCAGAAGUUAUUGGUACUUAGCCUUUACAGUAACAAGCUUAGUGGCACCAUACCAAAAGAAGCCCUUAGCCUUUCCUCACUAGCAAUAUAUUUGGAUGUGUCUCAUAAUGCUCUAUCAGGGACUCUGCCAGCUGAAGUGAGUAAUCUACAUAAUCUUGGAGAGUUGGUGCUGUCUGAGAACAAUUUCUCUGGAGUCAUUCCAUCUUCUCUUGGCAGCUGUAUUAGCUUGGAAAGGUUGCAUUUGCAGGGUAACUCUUUUGAGGGAAACAUUCCUCAAACUUUGAAAAAUUUGAGAGGUUUAUAUGAUAUAGAUCUUUCACAUAAUAGAUUGUCUGGUAAGAUUCCUGAAUUUCUUGGUGAGUUCAAAGAGCUCAAGCAUCUCAAUCUUUCUUUCAAUGACUUUGAAGGGGAAAUACCAAAGAAUGGAAUCUUCAUGAAUUCAACUGCCAUUUCAUUAUAUGGAAACAGCAAGCUAUGCGGUGGUGUCCCAGAAUUGAAGUUUCCUGCAUGCCGCAGCAUGAAAGCCUCUCUAUUAAGAAAACUUCUUGCCCCCAAGGUGGCUAUCCCUAUAGCUAGUUCACUUGCAUUUAUACUCUUUCUAUCAUGCUUUCUUACAUUCUUCCCAAAAGUAAAGAAAGCAAGAAAGAAAACUUCUAUAUCGACAAAUGCAAAGGAUUUGGAAUUGCAACUUUCUUACUCAGAAAUUGCAAAGUGCACUGGUGGGUUCUCUCAGGAAAACCUUAUUGGCUCAGGAAGUUUUGGUUCUGUAUACAAAGGAACUCUUUCAGGUGAUGGAUCAACAGUUGCAGUUAAGGUGUUAAAUCUUCAACAAAGAGGAGCUUCAAGGAGCUUCAUUGAUGAAUGCAAAGUUCUGAGAAGUAUAAGGCAUCGCAACCUUCUCAAGAUCAUAACUGCCAUAUCAAGUGUUGAUCCUCAAGGUAAUGACUUCAAAGCUCUAAUCUUUGAGUUCAUGUCUAAUGGAAGUCUAGAAGAUUGGUUGCAUCCUAUGAAUAAUGUGCAAUAUCAAACCAAGACAUUGUCAUUUAUCCAAAGACUGAACAUAGCAAUUGAUGUUGCUUGUGCACUGGAAUAUCUCCACCACUCCUGUGAAAUUCCAAUUGUUCAUUGUGAUAUAAAGCCAAGCAAUGUUCUUCUUGACAAUGAUAUGGUUGCUCAUGUUGGUGACUUUGGAUUAGCCACAUUUCUGUUUGAAGAAACAAGCAAUUUUUCCUCACAAUCAAUUAUAUCAGCUAGAUUAAGGGGUUCUAUUGGAUAUAUUCCUCCAGAGUAUGGCAUGUGUGACAAGCCUUCUACACUUGGAGAUAUCUACAGUUAUGGGAUACUAUUACUGGAGAUUUUCACAGGUAAAAGACCAACAGAUGAAGCAUUUGAAGGUGGCAUGGGAAUUCAUCAGUUUAUAUCAAUGGCUUUACCUAACCAUGUCAUGGACAUAAUUGAUCCUUCAUUACUGGUCUUUGAACAAAACUGUGGUGAAGAAGAUCAAGAAUUUGAAGAAGAAAAAGCUAUAAGAAGGAACUACGAGAUUGAAGCCAAGGACAAAGGUUUCAUGGAGGAUUGCAUUGUUUCAUUGAUGCAAAUUGGAGUCUCUUGCUCUGUAACUCUACCAAAUGAACGAUUGCCAAUGGUUGCGGUGGUCAACAAACUACAUGCAAUCAAGAACUUGUAUGAAGGGAUGAAGCAUAAUGCUAUAUGAACAACAUUUAUAAGAAGAGAAAUAAGAUAACAAAUAUGUAAAACCAUAAGAUUUUA